AUGGGUAACUGCGUAUUCAAAGGCAGUGGUGGUUCAAGAAAACUAUACGAUAAAGAUGAUUCGUUGAUAAAAGUGGUGACACCAAAUGGUGGCGUUAUGGAGCUUCAUCCUCCCAUCUUUGCCGAAUUUAUCACCAACGAAUUUCCCGGUCACGUCAUCCACGACUCUGUAAGCCUCCGCCACUCGUCCCCGCCGCUUCUCCACGGCGAAGAGCUCUUUCCCGGUAACAUCUACUACCUCCUCCCUCGUUCUUCCGCCGCCUCGACCGUUCAACAGUAUUCUUCCGACCAACUGUCAACGCCGUACAGAGUGUCUUUUGGGAAGACGCCGGUAGUGACGGCUAUGAAUGGCGGCGGCGGAGGUGGUUGUGGAGUGUGGAAGGUGAGGCUUGUGAUAAGUCCGGAGCAGUUGGCGGAAAUUCUUGCGGAGGAUGUGGAAACCGAAGCGUUGGUUGAAAGUGUGAGGACGGUGGCCAAGUGCGGCGGAGGUGGACUUCACUCGAGGGCGAAUUCAGACCAGAUAAGCGUUACGAGUAGUAGCUUCAAAGGGCAGGUCAGGUAAAUUUUCGAAUAUAUAUGUGUAACCCAUGUUUUAUGUAAUUUUUACAUGUUAAUUAUGUUUUACUCUGUUUUCACUAUCGAGUUUUAAAAUCAUGUUGAUUUGCGUUGGAGA